AUGUGGAUGAGAAAAAAAACUGAGAAUGGAAUAGGUGCCGAGAAACAACAGUUGGUGUCUGACCUAGCACUUGACCCUGUAGUAGAGUCUUUGAGUGAAUUUGAAGAAGAGUUAGAGGUAAAAGAUGAGAAGAAGAAGGAGACAACAAUAAAAGUAGAAGAGAGAAAGAAAAUCAAGAGUGAGAUUUCAAGGGAGAAGAAGAGAGAAACCACUCCAGCUGAAGGCAAGGAAGUACCAUAUCCUUUGGUACCUUCUAGGAAGGAUAAGGAGAGACAUCUAGCCAGAUUUCUUGACAUCUUCAAGAAGCUAGAGAUCACAAUGCCUUUUGGAGAGGCUCUCCAACAAAUGCCACUCUAUGCUAAGUUUCUGAAAGACAUGCUAACUAGGAAGAAUAGGUAUAUCCACAGUGACACUAUAGUUGUGGAAGGAAAUUGCAGCGCUGUUAUUCAACAUAUCCUACCACGGAAGCAUUCAGAUCUAGGAAGUGUCACAAUACCAUGUUCUAUUGGUGAGGUUGUAGUAGGCAAGGCUCUUAUUGAUUUAGGAGCCAAUAUUAAUCUGAUGCCGCUCUCCAUGUGCCGGAGACUUGGAGAGCCGGAGAUAAUGCCUACUCGGAUGACCUUACAGUUGGCUGAUCGCGCCGUCACCAGACCCUAUGGAGUGAUCGAAGACGUGCUGGUCCGGGUCAAGCAUUUCAUCUUUCCUACUGAUUUUGUUGUAAUGGACAUUGAGGAAUAUGUGGAUAUUCCUGUCAUUUUGGGACGUCCAUUUAUGUCCAUUGCAAGCUGUGUGGUGGACAUGGGGAAGAAAAAGUUGGAAAUGAGUCUUGAAAAUCAACAAAUCAGCUUUGAUAUGUUUAAUGAAGGAAGAGAAUUGAUGGACCAGGAUGUGUGCUUACAGGUGAAGGAGUUGGAUGAGAAGGUUCUAAAGGAGAGAACCAAGAUUGAUCCAGGAUAA